AUGUGGAAAAUUAUUAUUAUAUUUAUUUUUACCUCAUAUGUAUUAGGAGAAGAUAUAUCAUGUUCACCAAAUUGUAUUGCUAUUGUAGCUGAUAGUUACAAUCCAAAAUUUUUUAAAGUUAAUUCUUCAAAUAUCUUAAAAUUAACAGCUGAUUAUAUUAUUCGAACUAAUCCAAUAAAUGGUGAUGUUAUGUCAGAAGUGACAGUUCAUAUUACAUCAACAUUACCUAAUAUUCCUAUUUCUGUAUAUAAUGAUAAAUUUAAAAAAGUUAAUUUUACAAUUAUUGCCCAAACAUAUGAUAAUUCCAUAAAUAGUAUAAAUAUAAAAAUAAAAAAAUUAUUUCAAUUUGGUCAAAAUUAUACUAUUUCAAUUGGAAUUAAAAAAAUAAAAUUAAAUAUGAUUGAUUAUUAUGAUAAAAUUUCUAAUAAUUGUUCUCCUGUUGAUAUUGUAUUUGGAUCAGCUCAUUAUGCCAGUUUAUGGAAACCACAUUUUGAUAAAAUAUCUGUUGAUAAUAGUAAAAAAAUGAUAAAUAUAUCAUUUUCUGGGGCACCAUCUCAAUUUUGUUUUGAGGAGUAUGAAAUUGAAUUGGAAAAUUUAAAUAAUUCAAAAGUGGAAUCAAAAUUUGUUUCAAGAAAUAUGUUAAUAGAAAAUAAUGGUUAUUUAUCUGGAAAUGUUUCAUUUAAACAUUUAUUUUUAAAUAAUAUUUAUGUAAGUAAAAUUAAAGCAAACAAAUAUAGAGGAAGUGAUAAAAUUUGUCUAUGUAUUCGAAGAGAUUGGAAUUGUGAAUGUUUGAUAGAAAAAUCAAAUAAAAUAUUUUUAGAAUCAAGUUUAAUAAUAAAUAACAAUGAUGAUGUAAAAAGUAAUUUCAAUUGGCGUAUUAUUUUAUUUAUAACAACUUUGACAUUUUUUUUGAUAAGUUUAACCAUCUCGUGUGUCCUUUUUUACCAUAUUAUCAAAACAUAUUUUUCUCCCAAAAUAUUAACUAAAUCUACACCACUUCUUUCACAUUCAUCUAAUAAUAGUUGGAUAUACCAAGACACAAGAAGCUUUAAUGAUAAUAAUGAAAAGCAAAAUAUUUUAAUAAUUCAUAAUAAUAUUGAGUAUGCUGAGGAAUUAGCCUAUGAAUUAAUUGAAUAUAAUUGUAAUGUACUUUUAGAUUGUUGGGAAAGUAAAAAAGUUAAUAAAAAUAAAAAUUUAUGGAUUUCAAAUUGUUUGAAGAUUGCUGAUAAAAUUUUACUUAUUCCUGAUAAAACAGAAUCAAAUAAAAGUAAUGUUUAUAAAACAUUUACAAGUUGUAUUAAUGUUACAGAUCCAAGAGUAAUAAUUGUAGUUUUUCAAAAAAAUAUCAUUAAUGAAAUAUCUUUGUAUACAGAAAAGUUAUAUGUUUUACCAAGAGAUAAAGAAAUGCUUUUGGUUAAUGCGCUUUUAUUAAAAAAACGAAAAUAUUCAUUAGAUUCUAGUUUUGGUCAUGAUACAUUUUUAGAUGAUAAUUUUUUUGAAGAUAAACAAAAUAAUGAAAAGAAGGAUGAAAGAAAUUCAAAAACAAUAUCAUUAUCAUCAUAUACAGAAAAUUUUGAUGAGUUAUUUGAAAGUGAUAUAUUGGGGGAUGCAUCAUUAGAUAGGGUUAUGGAAAUAUGUGAAGAAACAGUAUAA